AUGCCUGCCGAGGGUGCGUCUACGGAGAGCGCUGGGCUCCAGACUACACUCGGAGAGCUCAGCGACGAUGAGCAGAUCAUUGAUGACUUUGUUAUGGACGUGGAGUCCGCGGAGCACGAGGAAGUGGUUCAGGAUCGACUCCCGUUUUUUCGGCGGAACGAAGAAGACAGCACAGAGCGCGGCGCUGUCGCUGUACGUCAUCCCAAGCGUCGGAGUCGCUUGAGCGGGAACCCCUUCCGUGAGUCGUUAAAGAGCCGGGUUUUCUGGUGCAUUCGAGACCACUGGCGAAUAUGGGCGUACACAGCGCUCGGUGCGCUGGCGUUGUCGCUCGUGCUCCUUCUGUUAUCGCGCUGGAGCUCAAGUGGCGAGCGCGUACCGACCGACGCCCCCACAGAUGCGUUGUCGCAAAAAGCGCAGUUCAUGGGACAUCCAUACUGGCAUGCGUUGCUCCUGCGUGCACCGGACCCGAAACGUAUGCGAAACUUGCUGCAUCGGCUGACGUCCGAGCCGCAUAUGAGCGGAACACAUGCCGCAAAGCGCACUGCAGAGCUGAUUCGCGACGAGUGGGUUGCUGCGGGAAUCCCGGCUCAGAUAGAGACGUUUCAGGUGCUCCUGGGCAGUCAACCAUCUCAUCUCGUCAUUCGCUGGAGUGAAACCGACCCCAGCGCACCGGAAACCUCUAUCAUGGAUCUCACCGAGCCGAGCAUCCGCGGAGACGCUGCGACCGAGGCAGUGUCGAACGCUACCACGUUCCACGGCUAUGCUGCAUCGGGAAAGGUUCGCUCAGCGCCCAUUGUCUACGUGAACUAUGGUCGUCCAGAGGACUACGCGGAACUGGAGCGCCGAGGGAUCAACGUCUCGGGAAAGGUCGUACUCGUUCGCUACGGGCAACUCUUCCGCGGUUUGAAAGUAUUCCACGCACAAGUCCGGCAGGCAGCUGCCGUGCUCAUUUACUCGGACCCCGGGGAUGACGGGGCAGCACGCGGGUCGACGUAUCCCGACGGACCCUGGCGGCCAGCAAAGGCCGUCCAGCGCGGCUCUGUCCAGUUUAAUGCACUUUGUGUCGGGGAUCCGUCAACACCGGGCUACGGGUCGACAGAGGCGGCCCCGCGACGCACCUACGAGGCGGCUGUGCGCGAGUCUUGCCUGCCUUCGAUUCCCUCGGUACCAAUAUCGGCUGCUGGUGCUGAGAUCCUCUUCCGUCGCAUGCACGAGUCUUGGCAGCGGGCCGGUUCCAAGAACGAUACCCUGGUAUCGUUGAUGACGGCACCGGAGGCCUUCCGCGGCGGCCUGGAUUCGAAGCUCUACGUUCUCAGCGGAAACGAUGACGUGCGUCUUGAUCUUGAGGUUGUCCACGAGUACGCGUUGAAACCGAUUUACAACGUCAUUGGCGUGAUACCGGGCGCGCAUGGCGACCUGGAGAGUGACAAAGAGAUUGUCUUUGGGAAUCAUCAUGAUGCCUGGAUCUAUGGCGCUGUAGAUCCGCAUACCGGCACCCUGGUGCAGAUGGAAAGCGUUCGAGCGUUUGGAGCGCUUCUACGACGCGGAUGGCGACCACGCAGAACUCUAGUUUUCGCCUCAUGGGAUGCCGAGGAAUGGGGCACCAUUGGAUCGGUGGAACACGUGGAAACCAAUCUAGAGAGUCGUAUUCGGGGACGCACACUCGUCUACGUGAACGCGGAUGUGAUUGUGAGCGGUUCUACUGCUCGACUGGGUCUUGCGGGUUCUCCGCUGCUCACGCAGGCUGCUGAGCAGGCUAUGCGUGGUCUCACGGAUCCAAUCACAUCGAAGGCUUUGGUAGAGGACUGGAAAGCUCGUCGACAGCAGGCAAUUGAUUCGGAGCGAGCGCUUCAGCGAAGCUCGCCGAACGAGGCGCCCCAUCUUGGUACGGACUUUCGAGACGAGCCUCCAGGUCCGCUGCACAAUCGGGCAGCGACUGCGAACUGGAUACCGCUCCUGGAUCUUCUGGGAGGCGGUAGCGAUCAUACCGCUUUUCUGCACCAUGCGGGGGUCAGCAGCCUCGACAUCGGUUUCGAUGAGCUUGAUCACCCGUCGUAUCCAGUGUACCACUCAAUCUACGACGACGAAGCGUACUUCCUUGGCUUCACGGAUCCGGAUUUCCGACUGCAUCUUGUUGCGACGCAGCUGGUGAGCACGCUGCUCUUGGAUCUGGUCGAUGCGCCUCUGCUGCCGAUGAAUGUCACAGACUACGCACACUGGUUGCGCUAUCAUCUGCGGCUGCUAGAGACAAGCCGCCCAGACCUUCUCAGUGUCGUGCAGCAGCAACUGCAGCCAGCGAUGGAUGCAUUCGCAGGCGCUGCGCAGAGGUUUUCGGCACAGCGGAUGCUCACGGUUGCGCAAUGCUGGGCACUGCGCGAGUGUCGUGCGGCGCUUUCGGACCGCGCUAGUCGUCGCCUCCUGGACCGGGACGUUGCCAAGUACGCAGCGCUGAACCAGGCGCUCAUGAACGUGGAACGCGCACUCAUCCACUCGGACGGUAUUCCUGGUCGUUCUUGGUAUCGCCACACAGCCGUUGCACCGCAUCCCGACAAGGGCUACAGCGCGGUUGCGUUUCCGUUCUUGUACGGCUCGACGGCGACAAAUGCUUCGCAGGGCCUGGCGGCUACUGCAGCGGCAAUCCAGCGAGCAGCUCGAGUGCUUGAGGAAUGCGUAUCCCAGUGGCUUAUGUCUUGA